GUCCGUCUGUCCGUCUACAUGACCCUGUACAGCAUCGCCCACCUGGCGCUGCUCACCUACGAGGCGCAGUUCUUUGACCCCGGGCAGGUGCUGUACACCUACGAGUCCCCGGCGGGGUACGGGCUGAUCGCGCUGCAGUUCGGGGCCUUCCUUUGGUUCUGCGGCGCCGUGGGGGCGACGCUGAGCGCGGCCCCCGAGAGGAGACCCUUCUACCUGCCCUUCCUGGGGGCGUACAGCUUCUGGUGAGCGCACCUGGGCACACCUGGGCACACCUGGGCACACCUGGGUACACCUGGGAUACA